ACCUCGCCAUAAGGGUCAAAUCUGAAAUUUAAACGACUGGUUAACGACAGCAAGACUACUGUUUUAUAGUCGUGAAAACAAAUCAAGGAACUUGGAUUAUUUGUUCGGUUUGGGUUCGUUGGAUUCGUAAGACUUUUUCGUGGCCACCGAGUUUCUCCAUGUGGAGUUUGUUUGGCAGAAUGUGGAGUUUUUCAAUGACUCCGCCGCUUUUUUGUCAGUUAGCGUUGCUAUGCGAGCUAAGCUAACUCGUUGGGAGCUCCGCGGUUCUCCCCCGUGCGAUGACUUUCAGACUCUGGUCAUUCAUGCUACCUCUUCAAAGAUGAACUGACCGAGUUUGUCGGAACAUAGUAGGUUUUUACUAUAUUAAGUAAAAAACCCCGCUGUUGUAGCGCUGAACUUUCCCCCCCCAGCCGAACCAAUCCGGGUGCGGGAAACCAUGACUCUCGCCCCGAAGGAACUGUCCAACCUGCUGAGCAUCAUCUCGGAGGAGGCCUGCACGAACACCUUCGAGACCCUCUCCAGCCACUUCCACCAUUACUUCGGCAAGGCCGACCACUUCAGGGUGGGCUCGGUGCUGGUCAUGCUCCUGCAGCAGCCGGACCUGCUGCCCAGCUCCCCGCAGAGGCUGACGGCCCUCUACCUGCUCUGGGAGAUGUACCGCACCGAGCCCCUGGCCGCCAACCCGUUCGCCGCCGUGUUCGCCCACCUCCUGAACCCCUCACCGGCCGGGGAGGAGCCGGAGAAGGUGCUGUCCGGAUUCCUGCCUCCCAUCACCCAGCCAGAGAAGUUCUUCCUGUCCCAGCUGAUGCUGGCGCCACCGAGAGAUCUCUUCAAGAAGACGCCCAGACAGGUGUCCUGCAUGGAUGUGGGCAACAUGCCCCAGUCCAUAGACAUCAGCGGGCUGCAGCUGGCUCUGGCAGAGCGUCAGUCGGAGCUGCCCACGCAGAGCAAAGCCAGCUUCCCCAGCAUCCUGAACGACCCCGACCCGGACUCCUCCAACUCGGGCUUCGACAGCUCCGUGGCCAAUCAGAUCAUCGAGUCCCUGGUGACGGGGCCACGCCCCCCCCUGGAGAGGCUGAGUUUCUGCUCCAGCUCCAGCACAUCGGGGUUCCCCCUGCUGCUUUGGGGUUUGACCCCCGGGCUGCUCUGCCCCUCAGGUCACUUCCGGCCCGAGUUCAUCCGGCCGCCGCCCCCCCUCCACGUGUGCGAAGACGAGCUGGCGUGGCUGAACCCCACCGAGCCGGACCACAGCAUCCAGUGGGACCGCUCCAUGUGUGUGAAGAACAGCACCGGCGUGGAGAUCAAGCGCAUCAUGUCCAAGGCCUUCAAGAGCCCGCUGUCGGCCCAGCAGCAGUCACAGCUGCUGGCCGAGCUGGAGAAGGACCCCAAGCUGGUCUACCACAUCGGCCUGUCGCCGGCCAAGCUGCCGGACCUGGUGGAGAACAACCCGCUGGUGGCCAUCGAGAUGCUGCUGAAGCUGAUGCAGAGCAGCCAGAUCACCGAGUAUUUCUCGGUGCUGGUCAACAUGGACAUGUCGCUGCACUCCAUGGAGGUGGUGAACAGGUUGACCACAGCAGUGGACCUGCCUCCAGAGUUCAUCCACCUCUACAUCUCCAACUGCAUCUCUACAUGCGAGCAGAUUAAAGACAAGUACAUGCAGAAUCGGCUGGUCCGACUGGUCUGCGUCUUCCUCCAGUCGCUGAUCCGGAACAAGAUCAUCAACGUCCAGGACCUCUUCAUCGAGGUCCAGGCCUUCUGCAUCGAGUUCAGCCGCAUCCGGGAGGCCGCCGGCCUCUUCCGCCUCCUGAAGACCCUGGACACGGGGGAGAGCCCGGCCGAGGCCAAGCCCGCCAAAUAAGGGGGGGGGCAGCCGGGACUCUGUGA